AUGUCCAGAGCUGUCCUUGCUCCAUUCGAAGCUUACCAAAAAUCUAGAGUUACCUUCGUGCAAACCGUUGCCGAACUUGCUACUAGACCAUAGAAUAUUGAAGCCCUUCAAAGUGCUGGUGUUAUGGCCCUGCUUAGACCACUUUUACUUGAUAACGUCCCAUCAAUCUAACAGUCUGCUGCCUUAGCUCUUGGAAGACUUGCUAACUACUCAGACGAACUCGCUGAAGCAGUUGUCUCUAAUGAGAUCCUUCCUCAACUUGUCUACUCAUUGUCUGAACAAAAUAGAUUCUACAAGAAAGCCGCUGCCUACGUUCUAAGAUCAGUUGCCAAGCACUCUCCACACCUUGCUAAAGCUGUUGUCAACUCAGGUGCUCUUGAUGCUCUCGUCAACUGUCUUGAAGAAUUCGAUCCAUCUGUCAAGGAGGCAGCCGCAUGGGCCCUUGCUUGCAUUGCUAAGCACACCCAUGAACUUGCCUAAGCCGUUGUUGAUGCUGGUGCAGUUGGUCUAUUAGUUCUUUGUGUUCAAGAGCCAGAACUCACCCUCAAGAGAAUCUCAGCAACAGCUUUAAGUGAAAUCGCUAAGCAUACUGAGGAAUUGGCACAAGCAGUUGUUGACCAAGGUGCAGUCCCUUACCUUGCUGCUUUAAUCUCUCACCCAGACGCUCAAUUAAAGAGAUAGGUCUGCUCAUGCCUUGCUCAAAUUGCUAAGCACACCGUAGAUCUUGCCGAAGUAGUAGUUGAGGCUGAAAUCUUCCCAAGAAUUCUUAACUGCCUAAAGGAUAUGGAUGUCCAAGUUAGAAAGAAUGCUGCUACUUGCAUUAGAGAAAUUGCAAAACAAACAACUGAACUCGCUAAGUUGAUUGUUCACUCAGGUGGUGCUGCUGCUACUGUCGACUAUAUCUCUGAAUCAAAGGGUAACGCUAGACUUCCAGGUAUUAUGACUCUCGGUUACAUCUCUGCUUUUGAUGAUUCACUCGCAAUGGCAGUUAUCGUUUCAAAGGGUAUUGCUCCACUUAAGGAUGCACUUAUCUCAGAACCAGAGGACCACUUAAAGGCUGCUGCCGCCUGGUCACUCGGUCAAAUUGGAAGACAUUCACCAGAUCACGCUAAAUUCUUGGCUGAAGCUGAUGUUCCAUCAAGACUCCUCGCUGUCUACAUGCUCCCAGAAAGCUCCAAGGAUCUUAAGGAUAAGGCCAAGAAAGCCCUUAAGAACAUCAUUCAAAUGUGUACCCAUUUACCAGCACUUGAACCACUCCUUCAACUUGCUCCAAACAAUAUCCUAACUUAUGUCUGCGCUCAAUUCGCCAAAGUACUUCCUCAAAACUUGGAGGCCAAGAGAACCUUCGUUCAAUCAGGUGGGUUCUAAAAGAUUCAAGAGAUACAAGCUGAACCAGGCAGCAAACUCAGAGAAUACAUUGAUGAAAUAAACUCUCACUAUCCACCCGAUGUUGUCAAUUAUUAUUCACCAAACUACGCUGAGGGUCUAAUCAAGAGACUAGAGGAAUACCACGCUGAAUGA